AUGUCAUACUACUUCACAAUCCUCUCUGCCACAGACGUACCUCUCUUCAGCCUAACAUUCGGCACCUCCAAAGCAGGCGGCGAUGGAAUUGCACGCUUCCGAACCCCCGAUUCCGCGCAAUACAUGAAUCAAUUCAUUGUGAAUGCUAGUCUGGAUAUUGUCGAGGAGACGCAAUGGACGAAUGGAGCUCUUUACCUCAAACACAUCGACACCUACCCCCCAACCACAUCAUAUAUAUCCGCCUUCCUCACCCCCUCCGGCACACGAUUCAUCCUCCUGCACCAGCCUCCGCAACUCCCUUCCUCGUCAGCCGGCGGUGCCGGUGCGGGAAUAGCAUCAUCCACAUCCUCCCUAGCCAGCACCUUAGGCGCAACAGCCACCUCUCGCGCAACCUCCAGCUCCAUCGCCGCAAACCCAACAUCGCCACAAACAGAGGAAGCAAUUCGGCAGUUCAUGACGGAGGUUUAUGAGAAUUGGGUCAAGACCGUUAUGAGUCCGUUUUAUAGGCAGGGGAUGCAGAUUACAAGCCCGGUUUUUAGGGGGAAGGUUACGGCGGCGGGGAGGAAGUGGUUAUAA